AUGUCCGACGACCCCACCGCAGACUUCCUCGCACGCGAGAAGGCCAUCCUCGGCGAGGACGCUGACCUCUUCGCUUCCGGUGAGACGCCCACCGCCCCCGCUGGCAUCGACGCCUUCCCCGACCUCACUUCCCCCGUCGAGGCCGCCCCCAUCGCAUCGCCCACCAAGCCCUCGGGCAUUGACGCGUUCCCUGCCCUUGAGGACGAGUUUGUGGGCUCGUCCGAGGUCCGCGUUACUGGCAACGUUGGCCUUGGCGAGGACCCCGAGCGCGAGCAGUUCGAGUCGGCGUUCCCCGACCUCUCGAGCGACGUGUCUAGCGCACCGGUCGCUCCCAAGCCCGUGUUCAACGCGCUCGAGCCCCAGCCCUACGGCGCGUCUCCUUACCCCCCGACCGCCGCUCCCCAGCCCACGCGCUCGAUCCUCCCUCCUCCCGCUUUCGCCAACACCCUCCCCGAGACUGAGGAGGACACUGAGCCAAUCCGUCAGUGGCGUGAGCAGCAGGUCAAGGACAUUGAGGCGCGCAACGCCGCUGCGGCCGCCAAGCGCGACGAGAUGGCCAACAAGGCCGAGAAGGCGAUUGACCAGUUCUACGAGGAGUACAACAAGGAGAAGGAGAAGAACAUCCGCGAGAACAAGGAGGAGGAGGCCAAGUUUGUCGAGAAGCUCAACGAAGACAUUGCCAAGGGCUCGACUUGGGAGCGUAUUACCGACCUCAUUGGCCUGGAGAACUCUCCAGCUUCUUCUUUGUCCUGUCUCCUCCAGAGAACCACACAGAUCCCCACUAACACUUCUACAGAGUCCAAGACUAUCCGUCCCUCUGGUGGCUCGGACCUGACGCGCAUGAAGGAGAUCCUCCUCACUCUGCGGCGCGAGGGCGACAAGGCGCCUGGCGCGGCUGGCUUCUAA